AAGGAAAAGGAUGUCCGUCGUGUGGAUGAUGUUGACAAGCUAUUUUUCAUAUCGUCUUAUAUCCAAGGUGUACAUGGUUUUUGUUGAUAGUCGACUGAUUCGGUGUCAUAAUUACUAGACUUUUACUGAUUCAUUCUCUCAACAUCUAAUUAGGCUUCGUCGUUUUCACGAACCAGCAUCAAUCAUCGGGAUUCAUCCUUUCCAGAAUAUCUCAUUUUCCAUGAGACGAAAGGAUGAAUCAUGAACUAUAACAAAGACCUAUAUCAACGAACUGUGUGAUUGUUCGUUUUAGAGGAUCGAAUUUUUGCACUUUGCAACUUGCUUCGUUUGGAGGAGACUCGACUACUUUAAGAGCUCUUGUUUUUUUUUGUGUAGCAAAUAUGAUUUCGCUUGUUGUACUCGUUGUAUAUGAGAUUUUCUUGUUUGUAAGCUCGACAGUUUCUGCAUCAUAUUCGUGUCAGUCUCGAACCGCUGAAGCUCGAACGCCCUCGAAGUCUCGAAGAAGUUGAGUUGAAUUUCUCAAAGAGUUUUUUAGCAUCUUGAUCACAUCAGAAAACUAGUAUGCAUACAGGUAGAAUCAAUUUAUCAUUACGUAGACUUGUUUUCAAUUAGAGCAACAAGAAACACGAUCACUAACACUAUCACUGCCUUUGCCAAUAUCUUCUUCUUCACUAUCAUUGCUUUUGCCACUGUUGUUCAGCGAAACAAGAUCUGUCGGCGUCCGUGGUUCACGAUUUUCCUGCUUGUGUGGGAUAGAACUUACGACCAGGGACUACAUCUUUCAUUCGAGUUCACUCUCAGCCGAGGUUGAAGGUUGCCACCUUCGCGACUGCCGGCUGGAAGAGCAUCGAGAUCUACUACUUGUGUGAAUUCAAGAACAUUAUAUGAUCUCCAACAUCAAAAACAAUUAUACAUAACUCAAGUUGAUUCGUCAUCGUGAGAAAGUUCCAGGAACUACAUGAUCAAGGGGAGGAUGUUAUCAUCAACAGGAAGUGCGCAGUAUCGUUUGGGAUCCUCGGACAGAGGUUACAACAACGCAGGAUACCAACGAAUGGGGCCAGCUCCUGGGUUUGCUGAUAACCAAAACAAGAUGGUCGCAGCUGCUGUUGAACAUGAUGGAGCAGCGGCUCUAGCUGCUCAACAACACGGAGGAGGGGCUGGUCAACAUCAGCAUCAGCAUCAGCAGGAGCACCAGGUCUACUACAUGAACAUUCAUAACAUGGACAGUGCUAUGAAUCACAAAAAUGCCAGUGGUGGAUCGUACAACUUCCAAGAAGACCAACAUCAAGUUGACUACAACGAACUUUAUAUCGCUAGUACUAAAAGUCAUGGGCAUGGUGGCGAGUAUGGGGCGGAGCACGAAAUUCAAUACCGCCAACGCCCAAGCAAAAGCUCCAGUGAUCUGGUAUCAACAACCGCAGAUGGUACUUCCCCAUCGUUUCCGCCGUCUGACAUUGACGCAACUACCCCUCCAGAGUGGCCCUAUGCUCUCCCCGAUGACUCCUAUUUUCUCGGCAGCUACAACAACGAUCAACAGCUGCACCAAGGUAGUUCGGAACAUCAAUACCAACAGAACCAAGGUUCUGAACAUCAAAAAUACCAACAUCAGGGUGGAAAUGCUGAAUUAUACCAGUCAGUUGAAUCUGCAGACAAGGUGGGUCUGGCUGCCACAGGAGGUGGAGGUGGCGAAUACCAUAUCGCUAAUGCAGCUGAGCAGAUUUUGGGGUCUGGGAACUUCCCACCGGAUGACGUCGAGGCGGAACAUAUGCAGCAAUUGGCGGUACUAAGAGCUAUUUGUACGUAGGGAAACAUAUUAAAGAUAAACAUUGAUUAAGAUGACCAAAUGAAGGCCAUCCUAAUCAUGUUGAUUUUUCCGAGGGUUGUAUUGUUAACACAAAUAGAUACUAGUGCAAGUAGUGCACUCUUCAUAAAGAUGAUACUUAGUCUUAAAGAUGAUACUACACUGCUCUCCCUCUCAACAAGAACAAAUACUACAGGGUGAGCGCACUGCCUUUGAAUUUUGGCGACGGGAACAAGCUAAAUUGGAGCAGCAGACGAAACGAAGGGACGCUGCAGCACGUGCGCUUGCAGGAGAAGAGGAACACCUCGACUUGGCCCAGCACGUCGCGAAUGAAUAUUAUCAAAGCGGCGUUGUUCACUAUCCGGUCGAUCAGUCGGAAAAAGAUGAAAAUGGUACUUGUUGUUAUUCUUUUAUUGACGUUGCAAGCAAGGAAAACACCAACUGCAAUCUUACUUCAAUCUUGUGUCUUUUUUUUGUGAUGAUCUUCUUCUACUCCUUCAUUUUAGUUCGCCAAGAAUAAUUACACCAUCACAUCAUGUUCUUGACUCCAGCCAUCUCCGUCUUCACCCAGGUGCCCCCUCGUUGCGUCAAGAAAUGGAAAGUGGUCAACAUAAUAGAUUUGUUGGUAGUACGAGCCGCGAAGAAUGUGAGUUUCGCUCUGUGCAGUAUGAUCGGCUUAGGACUCUGCUUCAAGCCAGCAAGACUGAAGAUACGGAAGCGGUGCGUCGGUACUUUUUUUCCAUGAAAUUUCGUGACGACUUGACAACAUGGCUACUUUUCAACAUGCGAAGUCGAUCUGAUCAUCGUCGAUCUACAUCCAAGAUGGACAAACUUUCAAGGUCCUCCCUGUAAAAAGCUGAAAAAUCGGUAGAAGAAGCUACUGAUUUGUAUCAAUUUAGUGAAAAUCUUGUCAUCAUGAGUACUGUAUCAAUUUCUCUGAAAAAUUUAGUGACUUCUCCUCAACAGAGCUGCCACCGUGGACGGUUCCAGUCGAUACGGUCAAGGACCAGGAUUGCGGUUUAUUCCAGCUACUUCAGCUCCGAAUACCUAUGGGAAUAUUGCCAAUCAUGCGUCUUCUACAGAUGGUAGUUGUUCAUCGCGCGAAACGUUUGAGAGUAUGGCUCGCAGUAUUGCGCCUGAGCUUUUGGGCCUGAGCGAUGCAUCCGACUUGUCGAGUAUCCGACUUUCAGGCACAAGCUUGGCCGAGGAGGUGAAGAUGGCGGCGGAAGCAGCGUUUGACAAUCCUGUGGUAUUCUUAAAUAGUUGAAUGAUGGUAGUCUACUAGACGAAGAUGAUGAGGAGCUUGACGAGCAAGUUUUUGGAUGAAGACUGAAAUGUUGAAUCUUAUAUAUUAUUGACCCGCAUUCGACUCAUAAAUAUUUCAGCCUCGUCUUGGCGUCACCGAUAAUCAUCACGACGAUUACCGCUGGGGAUCGGAUCUGCAGCCCGUGAAGCUGAGCUAUAGCGCUUCUCCUGAAGACAAGCAUCUUCGGGAUAUGCUACAGCGCGAACGCGACGCUUUUUCUCGCAAUUUCCGCUCUAUGCAUCCGGUUGAGGCUGCUGCGGCAAGCCUGUUCAGCUCUGCAACUAGUACGAGCGCGGGUGGCGACAAUGUACUAUCUUUAUCUUAUAAAAAUUCGACGUCUUCUUGCCAGGCACAUCGCUCAGGCAAUCAAUCAAUCAAUCAAUCAAUUCGUUACAACUCAGUUGUAGAGAGUUUUGCUGAUUAUUGUCUUCAGCCUAUCGUCUGUAUCAAUCUAGUCUACUCUACGCAAACAUUGUCCCUUUCAUCCUUUCCAACAUCAGUCUUGCGGUGAGAGCGAGCGUACUUCUACUCGUGGGCAGGGAGAGCAUUCUGACGUGUUGGGUGAGAAUGAAGAACAUCCUCAAGGGCCUACUGCGUGCGGUGCUGUCGAUCAAAACCUCUUAUGUUGGGUACCUCAAUGUGCAGCACCGCAUCGACCAGCCCCUGGCUUGGCGAUCCCACCAGGCGUGAUCGCCUCGCCAGCUCCGGCAGCUCCUCCUCGUCGCACGCGCACUACACCAGGAACUGCCCCAGCCGCUCUGGAUCGCGACGAUAAUUUGUACAACUUGCACGCGGGCGCUGUCGCAGGACCAUUAGUAAAUGGAAACGGCACGACGACUACAAGUGAUUUGGCUUUGGGAUCCAAUCCAGGUUUUCGCACAACCUCUACUUCUCAUUCUUACCAUGGCUCUGCUUCUGCUUGUGGAGCUAAUCAUGUUGCGAGCAGCAGGAUCGCUAAACAUCAGCUUGCUCAGAGUGGUAGCAAAAACUACAACAACUACUUUGCGAGAACAAAUCCUUCAUCUACAACAGCUGCUUACCACAACGAUGCCAGCAGUUCCCCUCUAGCUGGUCUAGUAAACCUGAACCGUCGACGAAUUCACAGCAACACGACUACGCUUGCGUCGUCACCCCCCGCCUCCACCUCUCAGCCUGUGCCUGUGCCUGUGGCUGCGCAUUUGGCUUAUGGUGAUCUGCUUAACCGUGUCCUCGGUGCUUCGGUCGAAGGUGUACCUUCGUCGAACUCUGACAGCCUUGGUGGAACGGGAAUCACAAAUGGCAACCAAACAUCCAAUAUCACGGAUGCGUACAACAGCAAUAACAACUACAACUUGCUGCAUGGUGGAGGUGAUCAAAGCGUUCAUGGCCAAGCAGGCCUGUCGCACAAGGGAGCGGUUGUGGGCAACACUCAGAAUCAACAGCAUGAUCAACAUCAGUUUCACAUGAUUAGCUUGAUGAGUGACAACAUUACAACCUCUGCCGGUCGCGUUCCUCUAUCGGCUGGUGCCGCAGCACUACGUGGCUCAAACGUGCAGCAUUCUUUCAAUGCGCAUCACCAAGGCCAAGCUGCUUACCACCGAGCACAGACUGCUCCAGCCGAACAACACCUUGGUCAACAUCUGGGAACAAGUGAGCACCAUCUUCAUCAUGCUGCUAAUCUGCUAAGCAACCACACCCAUUCGUCUAUGAGCAAUUCCCCAGGACAUCAACAUCCUGUCAGCAAUUCUCUUUUGAUCAAUUCCCCUCUCGACCAGCACCAAAACGAGACUCCUAUUGACGACAAUGCCAAUGGGGUGCCGAAUCUAUUCGCCUGCUCUGGUGGUCUGUUGUACAACACGGCAAAGGGAAUCGGAAAGAACUUUCUGAAGGGAAUCGUGCGGUACCAUGAAAUCCUGAACCCAGGACCUGGAAGCUUCUCCGCGUUGCACCCAGUUAUUCAGGAACAGGUGCUUACUCCUGUCUAGAAGUCGACAACGAUGUGUUUCAGUUGGGGAUCUUUGCUACUAUCUGUUUAUGAAUAUGAUUUUCUUUUCAUAAAAACUGAUAACUACAAAAAACUCCACACUCACUCGUCAACAGAUUGGCCUCUACCAGAAGCGUCAACGUUUGGGAAGCCAUAAGUUGGAUACCUCUGGCGUCUUGCAUGUUACCUCGUUCUUGAUCAACCGCUAUUUCCACAAGAUCAACGCUCAGAUCGACAACCAAGAAUGCUGGCAUAUGCUCUGGCAACUCGUGGACUACAUGGAGCGACAUACUAUUCCGUACUUAUUGUUUAGUCUCCCAGAUAGUACAUGUAAGACUAUGUCGUGAGACUCAUGCCAUGCCAUUCCGUACUUUUGAGGAUGAACCUAUGUUGAUCCAUGAUGGAUGAUUAUUCAUUAGCCUCGCUGAAUUACUAGAUCAUAAUAUGAAUGGUCUUGUAGUAGCUCUACUUGGCAUUGUUCAUCAUUAUACCGUUAAUCCCGACAUCAAUAGGAAUUCUAUUUCUAAUUUAUUUAUGGUCAGCUUUUUUCCAUCAUUCUCGGCAUCUUGGUCCCCUUUUCCCGUGUAUUCUCGUGAAAUACAAGGUAAAAGGGGUCAAGAUGAGGGGGCCGAGAUGCAAUCUAGCAGACCCUAACUUAUGAUGCGCACCAUUCUACUACCAUCUCAGGUCUAAUUCCCGUAUUUGGUGCAUGAUGUGCUCCGCGUUCGAGCGUUAUCGUCCGGACGGAGGCGCGGAUCUCUACUAUCCCACUUUGUUGCGUCAAUUCUACACCUUCACGAGUCCUCAGAGCGCAUACUAUAACGCGCAUGCUGACGCUGCUUUGAUUCGCCUCAUGUGCUUCUGUGGCUACGUCGACGAUGCUCACGAGAUGCUGAACAAUCGAAGAAACGCCUACAAAGUUGGUACUAUGAAGUUUUGAUAUCCUCCUUCCACAAAGUAGUUUUAGUUCCUAAAGUAGUUUUUGAACCCAGUUCCACAUCCAGGAGUAUGAUCUAUCUAUUUAAUAAGUUUUUCACCAAAAACGAACGGCAGGUUCCCACAAUUUCCAAUUCCGUUUCUUGCUGUUUCAAGCCUUACUCGACUUCGCUCGUGUGCAUUCGAAGGGCUUCAACACUCCUGGUUUGAGCGAGAAGUGUCUUCGCAUCGAACGUGAUGUCCGUCAGUGGAUCGAAGAAGAUGGCAUCGAUAACGUGGACGACAUUGCUUCCGGAUCGGUCGUCGCGCGUGAUCCGGCACGGCAAAGAUACUUUUUGAACGUGAAGGGAGAGGUAGUAGAACUACUUGUACUUCUUUCUGUUUUAUUAUUGUAUACUACAACUACUACUAGACUUUGGGUUUGCUAGCUUUGGGUUUGGUCUUGGUAUAGGUCUUGAUUUAAUGCAUGUGCAACUGUUUUUCUACCUUGUUCGGCUCCCUCCACGUCUUUGAUUUUAUGGAAGAAAAAUCUUACUCACGACAUCAAGAUAUGGAAAAAAUUGUUAAUACAUCUAGUAACAUCUAGUUACUCACAUUCAUACAAAAACAAAGACGGCCACGCAUUCUCGGCAACGAUCCCUGUUAUCGGAUGGAAAGGACAAGUGUGGUCGACUUUCUCCACCACUGCAGCUGAUUUAACGAUUUUCGCGAUGUAACGCAUCCUUCUAAGCAGACGACGCAAAGGCAUGUGCUGCUUUGAGGUUUAUGCAGACAUCGCCGUUAGCUUACCGAAGGCAGAGGACACGAAGUAGAAAAUGAAUAGCAGUCUGGCGUACUUACAACAUUGAUUCUUCUUCAGUGUUGCUCUAUAACCAUUUUUGGGGAAUGAUUAAGAUGUACUUGCUUCUAGGUCCACAUGGUACAUUUUGCAUUUUUAGUUUGAUCGAGGGCGAUUUAAUCAUUGUGAGAGCACUUGCUGCACUGAGUGCUUUGCACCUAUGUCAGGCAUGUCUGAUUAAGAAAUGAUUCUUCAACUACUUCAUCGGAAAAAAUUCUUCUCAUUCUGAACACACAGGUGUACAAAGAACUACACAGGCCAUUAAUUUUACUUUUCUUCUUCUUCUUCUUCUACAUAUCAAAAUCGAUACUAGCACAGACUUUCUUGAUUACAUAGUUCUUAAUAAUAAUAAUAUAUCCAGCAUGAGUUGAGAGACUGGACCAAAAAAUGGUUCUUUGUUCUUUACAGUCUUAAAGAUCACAGAAGUUGUACUUAUAUUUCUUAAUAAGAUUUUUAUGUUGUGCACGUGCAGGUGCAGCAUGUUCUUAAAUUUAUAAACAGCAUAAUGUCCUGGCUGUUCCGUACUAGAAGAUGAAUUUGUAAUAUUCUAAUCAUUUUGGAGUAGAGGAAUGUGGUACUUCUUUGUUGUUCAUCUCGACACUUCUUUCAUUGUCGAUAUUUGCAUUGGUUCUUACAUUUCGAUUUCUUAGAUCUAAAUUUUCUUCAACUUGAAACUUCCUCUUCCUCUGAUGUGGACAUAUUCACGAACGAAGAACCUUGGCUACGCAAAUUUUCUGCAUGAAGUGGCCACUGUCCGUUAUUAAAAAGAAAAAUUUUUGGGACAUCACUUAUCAAAUAAUUGUGAUAUAGAACAUAGCGUAGCGUCACCAGCUCUAGGUCGUAGUCUGGUUUGUUGGCUCUUCAGCAGCCAAUUACGUCCGCUAGUUUUCCUAGUGCGCCUCCACCUAUCCUAACCUAGGUUUAGGCGGUUUCUGUGAGUACUUUUCUGAAUUUUCGGAUCUAUUGUUUUCGAAAUCUUAGCAUUUAGAUUAAUUUGCAAGCAGGUGGAGGACAACAAAAUUUUGCUGAUGGAGUUUCUGAACGAAAAUUGUACUAUAGAAAAUCUACUUAGACGAAUUUAUUGUUUCACCUGCAAUGCGCAUAAUUGUAAAAGAUAUGUAGCAAGCUGUUGUAGAUGAAGAACAAGAACUUGAACUUCUUUAAUUCAACACCAGUGAGAUCGAGACUCACUCGCAACCGCACAGACAUGCUGGUUGAUGUUGUUAUUUCUCACUCACGACCCUCUGACCCUAUAUACUAGCUAAGAUAGCCGUAAUAGCGUGCUCCCUCUUCAGUGAUCUCGAUCUGUUCAGAUCAGAUCUACGGAGCAGCAGCAAGGCCCUCUAGCUAGCUUUGAGAUUGCUUUACAAUUUUUGAAAAAAGAAAGCUCUAGUGUAGCUGUGAGAAAAGAGCACCGACCUGAGGCCCGAGUCAAUAUACUUACAGGGAGGCCCGACUUUGCCUUGACGGUGCCAAGAACUAAAACAUGACGUAUCAUCGACGUCAUGAGGCGGUUCCAAACAGCUAGGGUAAAGGCUCGACUGCAAAUUAGAACAAGGCCUGCUUGUGUGUCCUACUUUGCAAGAACGAUGAUCUAUGACCUAUUCGAAAUCUUGAAAUGACUGAGUUGCGGACUCUAAUAAGAGUAGAGCUAGCCUCCUUCAUCAGUAUCUCGUCUAUUCUGGUUGGUUACUCGCUUGUUUCAGUUUUAUUUCGAAGUCGUGGUAGUCAUCGCGAUCAAAAUCACUACAAUUAUUCGAUGAGGAAGUUGUAUGAAAGAAAUCCUCGUCAAAGAGGUAUAAUCAGUCUUCUGAUUUGAUAGUUCGAAGAACGAGUAUGUGCUUUGGGCGUUGUAGAAGGGAGUAGUGGUGUAGCCUUCUUUUAUGCCCCUGAAGUGCGUACAUUCAUUCACUCAUCCAACUUGUGCUAAAAGUAUGUACCUCCACGUCGGCUAUCUUAAUAUCAACAUUAGCUUGCAUUGGGAAAUUGUACUUCGAAGAAGAGGUGGUGUGUUAUGCGUUUUUGUGAAUCUUCAUCUCUCAAUAUUGCCUCUUUGUUACGUCCCCGUAGUGAGAGGCUAAUGUUUAGAUUUUAGAUUUCACUGAAACAGAAAGAAAUACUAAUACUAAUACUUGUUGCACCAGCAACAAGUAUUAGUAUCUACAGCAGCUUCUGAUCUAAUUUCGUCGUGUACUUUAGGAUACCUAUAAUAGACAGAGAACGCAUUCAUGUUCUACCGAUAGAGCAGAACCAACGAAGUGUGUUGUUUGAGUUCUACAACCAUCCAAGAUAUUGAUAUUUUUAGGCUAACGUAAAAGUAGUUUUGAUCUUGAAUCCGUUCUUUUUUUAAAAGUAAGACAUACAAAUACAUAGAAGAAGUAUGAAUUGAAUUGAAUGAACUACAAGGUACUACUAGAGGUGUUUUUUUAUGUAAGCGAUGAUUUCAUAUACCUGGUCUUGGUUAUGGAAGUAUAGAGGUAGUGUUUGUAGAGUUUGUGAUAUUCGUUUUCGUGUUUUUCUCAUCAAUGAUUCAGAGGGCUCAUGGCGUUCUCCUGUUCUCCGUGGGUUCUUCUGAUUCGUUUUUUUUUUCAGCGAGUAAGUAUCUAUUCUUUCAGAUUUACAACAUUCUUGUGGUUUUCAUUCAUAGAGUCAGGAGUCGUUCGUGAUGGAUAGUAGAGGAUCCAGAUCUAGGUACGUCGUAGAAUCAUAGUUCAACAUGAGGUAGUACUAGUAGAUCGAAGUACGUAGAAUCAAUAGUUUAAUAUUUUAUUAUUUUCAGCAUCUAUUCUUUCUUUUUCAUGGUAUUAAAAAAGUUGUCUUGUACUUGUCAUCUUGUCUUUCAACGAGUAAGUUCGAAGAACACCACCAGUCAAUCAUAGAAGAUGUCUUACAUACAGGUCAUCCGUUGUGAAAAAAUCAAGAUGUGUAGAGAUUGUUAUGAGGGAUGUCUUAUAUAUUCUUAGAUAGAAGUUCAGCAUGGUACAGUUUUUAUCGUUACAGCUAUGAAGAUUUCAGCAUGAGAAUAUUCGAAAAUUUUGGUCCGAACAUGAGGAAUCUUGCCCGAGAAAUCAUUGUCCUUUCGUAGCUCACAUAUAUCAGAUUUCGCGAUAUCAGAGGAGAAGGAACGGUAAGGGAUUGAAAAAGUCCCACACCAUUCGCUUUUUAGCAAGAAGUCUCAUUACGUUUUCAACGAUGUCGUGAUCUCUUUUUACAGUGGUAGUUCUUAAGCCCAGUAGUUUUCUCAGGAAGAUCCGUGUUCACCCAAGAUCAACAUCUUCAACGAGAGAGAGCGAGAGGGCGGAGUGAAUAGGACGAGAGCAGUACUAGGCGCAGGUAUUACAACGUUGACAUGUCUGUUCACG